ACGAGCCAAUCAAAUACCGCGUUCCCUGGCAACGUUGUUUUCCUCAUGUAGAAAAAAAAAUGAUUUACACUUUUGGGUAUUGAAUUAAAGAUUUUAGCCAGCAUCAAGUCUACGGCUUGUGACAUAUUGCGUCAGGAUGACUGAUGUAAUGCAUGGAAUAUUGGCUGAAGCCAAGAAAAACAAAUUUUCAACAAUUAGAGACACAUUAUCAGAGGAUGAUGUGGCAUCCGUUUGGGAAAAUGUGUCAAGUUUCAUUGAGAAACAGAUGUCAAAUCAAAAGGGAGUUCUUAUCCAGUCCUUGGGGACCUUCACUUUUACCCAAAAGAAACUUGAUAUAGGAAACAAUAAAUUCAUUCUUAUUCAACGGCCAGUGUUCAACAUAUCUGAAAAGCUUGCUCAAAGUCAAGGACUGCAGUAUGUCAAACACCAUGUGCCAGGUCAGAUUCCAGUUGUUCAGCUUAAUUAUGCAGCUUUGUCAUUUGAGAGUCCAUUUGAUCGUGACACAGUGGAAAGUUGUGUACGCGAAAUUCUUGGUGCUGUUCAGAGGGCAAUUGGAUCAAAAAGAAAUGUUGAACUUAAUUUCAGUGGAAUAGGCAAACUAUCAAUUCGUGAUUCUAAAGUUAAAAUGAAGUUUUAUAAGGAUUUUAUCAACCAGAUGGAUGGAUCAGGGAAAUUACUGGAUUCAAUGCAGAAUAGACCUGGCACAGUUGACUCUGUGAUGUCAGAUAGAUGUUUGUCCAGAGCUCAGAGUUCUAACACAGUUAUUUUACCAAGAAGGCCUGGUAAACAAGGAAUAUCAAACACAAAUGUGAACCCUGGACUAGCUCCCCUGGUAGAGCAAAAUGAGGAGGUUGCUAAUAUUGAUGAACUUCAGCCAAUGGACAUGGGGGAACCCUUGUAUGAACCUCCAGCAGGUAUAGAUGAGGUCCCUCAAACACAAAAUUUGAACACACAUGAAGGUAUGGAAGGUGCAGACAUGUUUGAUGUUGAUACUGAAGCAGCUAUCAGACAUAUUGAUAUGGAAGGUGAUCGUCCAACUCUUGGUCAAGCUGGCCCAGCAGACACAAACAUUGCUUAUAAUAGUAUGGACUUUGAAACUAAACCAGCUGUAUCAUACCGGUUUCUGCCAGAGUUAGCAGAUAUGCCAGAUU